AUGAACAAAGCAAAAAAUACAACGACUGAUGUUGAUUUAGGUGUAAUACCAGGCAAUUUUGGAAAAAUAAGUGGAUCAGCGUCAACAGAAAACUACAACAUUUUUGGAAACCAUAGUUUCGAUGGUUACGGAACAAUAGCGCAACUGAAGAACAUCUGGAGUAAUGACAGCAGUGAUAAUCAGGUUUCAGUUCCAGACUUAGUACUGCAGAGUUUUCCGGGAAAUGGGAUUUUCUCUCGCAAAGUGUUUGUCGGUGGGCUUCCACCUGAUGUGACUGCUAACUCACUUUCUUUGUUCUUCGAACAGUUUGGAGCAAAUACAGUCGAUUGGCCGCAUCGCAAAUGUACUGGAAGUGAUAUUCCGCCAAAUGGAUAUGCUUUUGUGGUUUUCAUGAGCGACCGUUCUGUCGAAUAUCUUGUUAGUCGGUGCAUUUGCAAGCAAGGAAAACUGAAUAUUCUUCUGAAAAAUGGCAAAAAAGAAGUUAAAGUGGUGCAAGUGAGACCUUGGGCUCUUAGUGAUCAAGUAUACCGUGUGACAGACGCAAAGCCGCUAUCUGAUCGAUUUUCCGUUUUCAUCGGUGGUGUACCUCGUACGACAACUGCCUCCGAACUGGCAAUGUUGCUUCAGCAGACUAUUGGUGAUGUUGUAUAUGUUUCUUUGGAAGUCGACGCUGAGACGAAGUAUCCUAAAGGAGCCGCGCAAGUGGUUUUCAAUAAUCGCGAGUCCUACCUUACAGCAAUUGCAAUGCGUUUGAUAACAUUAACAACAAUUGAUCAGGUGAAAGAAAUAGAAAUCAAGCCAUAUCUGAUGGACUUUGCUCAGUGCGAAAUGUGCAACUUGGCUGAUGCUCGAUAUUUAUGUCCGGAACUUUGCUGCCUUAUGUAUAUGUGCGAACCGUGCUGGACUGAAGUGCAUAAACAACGCGGCUUGCUACAUCACAGACCGAUGACCAAAGCAAAGCCAGGAAGUCCAAUGCGAAACAUUUCGAACUAUGUUACUGCAUUUCCUUUCUUUAAUCCAUCCUUGGAUCAUCAUAAUCAUAGCGGUCUUCGUUCAACCAAUCAGCAGCAACAGUUAUGCCAUUGCAGAGUACGUGAAACGCUUCCACUUCAACGUUUGCUACAGCAAUACAUUAUGCAAGCGAACCGUCCACCAUGCCAUCAUUCUUCAUUCAUUUAA